ACAGCGCAGCUGGAACCAAAGGGCUGGUCCACGGUCAGAGCACUGGCAGUGCCAUCAUGAUAUCACAGCCCAUAACCAGCGAGACUGUUGUAGUGCUCACACCACAUGGCAUCAACAUCCCCCAAACAGAGAAACCCAAACCCACCAACCAGACGCAGGAUAGCCUGAAGAAACGUCUAAAGGCAGAAGUCAAAGUUAUUGGGUCUAUCCAGAUCCUGUGUGGUGUGAUGCUGUUGAGCUUGGGGAUCAUUUUGGGGUCUGCUUUCUUCUCUGCACAUUUUACCGCAGUGUUUUCUACCCUGUUGAAGUCUGGGUACCCAUUCACAGGAGGCUUGUGUUUUGUCAUCUCUGGAUCUCUAUCAAUCAUCACAGAGAAAAGGUCAACUAAGCCUCUGGUUCAUAGCAGCCUGGCUGGCAGCAUUCUGAGCGCUCUGUCUGCUCUUGUGGGUUCCAUUCUGCUCUCUGUCAACCUGGCUGCUUUGGGUCCUGCCUCACUGCAGUGUGAGUUAAGCAAAUUGAGUACACCAACAGUACAUCACCCUUUUUACUAUCAUCAUGAUCCAUAUGAUAUCAAGGAGUGCCUCGCCGCCAAAGGCACUCUGGCUGGAGUUCUGUCUGUGAUGCUGAUUUGUACUGUGCUGGAGCUUUGCCUAGCUGUGCUCACUGCUGUGCUUUGGUGGAAACAGGCUCACUCUGACUUCCCUGGGAGUGUGCUUUUCUUGCCUCGGAGAUACAUGAAUAAAUCGAGUAUGGCCUCAAAAGUAACUUGUGACCCUGGAUAUGAAGAACUAUUGACUUAGGAAAAAAAGAGAGGGAAUAUUCAUCAGAAAGUUGGUCUUUAUGAUAAUAUAGAAAACUUAACCAUUACAAGAAAG